UAAUUCUGGUGUGUUUCAGGUUUUCGGGAAUCAAAGACAGGUAAUGAUCCACGAUUUGAUCGAUCUUCCCACCUGCUUCCACUGUAACCCUAAAUCAGUCAAACCUCGCAGCCCUAAUUGAAGCUCUACUCUCCGUCAAUGGCGUCCGCUGCGUUUCUUCAUCUCCCACCGUCCACUUUCUCAGCUCCCUUCAAAUCAGGCCGUUCAUUUCACCCUCAACCUUUUUGCUUAACGAAGAAACGAAUUUCUACAAUUUCUGCCUCGGUUGGGUAUUCUUCCCCGGCCAAAUCGGCGCCCCUUACCCGUACCGAUUCCGGCAGCUGGAAAUGGAAAUUUGAUGGAAAUUCAGUGAAUAUCCAUUUUGAGAGGGUGGAGAAGGGCGGCGAGGUUGUGGGUCCGCGCAAGGACAUCCUGAUGGUUCCGACGAUCUCCGACGUCAGCACCGUCGAGGAGUGGCGCGUCGUGGCGGAGGAGAUCGUCGGGAAGGACGGCGGAGGGGUCAAUUGGAGCGCGACGAUUGUGGAUUGGCCCGGUCUAGGGUUCUCGGACCGGCCCAAGCUCGACUACAAUGCCGAUGUUAUGGAGAGGUUUCUGGUCGACUUUGUGUCCUCUCCCGAUAGCCCUGUCUCAGAAUUCGUUGCAGAUAACGAGUUUGUCGUCUUUGGAGGAGGGCACGCCGCAACCCUAGCGAUUCGAGCUGCAACAACCGGGUCUUUGAAACCAAAGGCCAUCGCCGCCGUCGCACCGACCUGGGCUGGUCCGCUCCCCAUCGUUUUCGGUCGAGAUUCCGGUAUGGAGACCAGGUACGGAAUUCUCCGGGGAACCCUGAGGGCGCCGGCAGUGGGGUGGAUGAUGUACAACGCCCUCGUCAGCAACGAGAAGGCAAUCGAAUCGCAAUACAGGUCCCACGUCUACGCCGAUCCCGCAAACGUGACGCGCAGCAUUGUCGAGAGCAGAUACAAUCUCACGAAACGGAAGGGCGCCCGUUACGCCCCAGCUGCUUUCCUGACGGGACUGCUUGAUCCCGUUAAUUCCCGGGAGGAGUUCGUCGAGCUGUUCGCUGGGAUUGACGGCAAAAUCCCGGUCCUUGUGAUGUCGACUUCGGGCGCGCCGAAAAGAUCGAAAGCAGAAAUGGAAGCCCUGAGGGACGCAAAAGGUGUGUCGAAAUUCGUCGACGCGCCGGGCGCUCUCCUGCCGCAGGAAGAGUACCCGAAGGUUGUCGCCGAUGAACUUCGCAAGUUUUUGUCGGAAUGUUUUGGGUCGGAAGGUUUUUAAGACAAAUUUUGGUACGGUAUACAGUAUGAACAGCUAUUCCGAUCAUUUGCUUGAGUAUUAAUAUAGACCAUCACCACAUAAAUUGUAAGUUAUUUGUUCUAUUAUAGAUAUAUAUAUAUAUUGUGUUAAUAUAUGUUUGUACUGCGUUUUAUUGUAAUAUGUAGUGUAUAUUAUACUAUUUUUGUUCCACUCUAGGAGUUUUAUAUA